GGAAGGUCUAUCUUUGUACAUUUAUUAUAAGAUAACUGUACUUUAGCGGCGAGUGUGUGUGUGUGUGUGGGGGGGGGGGGCUCUCUCCUCGUGCUGAAUGCGCUGCAGACAGCCAACACGUUGGGCUCCAGUUGGCUGUGCGCGCUCAGACGCAGACGCACAGACGCAAGCAUCCCGCUGGCUGGAGUUGGAGGACACUCGCCCGUUUCGCCUCCACCGCAGGUCUGAUCCCUUUGUCUCCCGGCGGUGAGAAGACCACCCGCACGGGAGGAAAAGAACGAAGAAGAAGAAGAAGAAGAAGAAGAAGAAGAAGAAGAAGAAAGAACAAAUGAAACACUUCUUUUGACUGAGAGUCCAAUAAACUGCAGAAUCGGGACUGGACACUUUUUUUUUUUUUUUGGAGAGGUGGUGGGGGGGGGAGGAAUUAUUUCUCACAUGAGGCGAGCCGGAUCCGUUUUGUACAGCGGAGCGCGCACUGCUGCGUCUUUCCAAUGGAUUUCAGUACAGUGGAAGUACCCUGGGAAUCAAACUACUGUUAAGUCGCUUUUAGCUCGCGAGUUUCGUUCCAACAAGGGUUUAUGUUUCACAAGAAGAGAAGGACGAUGAUCCUCCAAGUGCUGUACGUCCUUCUGCCUCUUUUUGAUGUGUUGUCGUACGCUGAGGAGAACGUGCGUGCCGCGGCCACCCGGCUGGACUGCGUGCGGGCCAGCGAGCAGUGCCUGAAGGAGCAGGCGUGCAGCACCAAGUACCGCACGAUGAGGCAGUGCGUGGCCGGCGGCAAGGAGAGCAAUUUCAGCAUGGUGUCCGGCCUGGAGGCCAAGGACGAGUGCCGGAGCGCCAUGGACGCGAUCAAACAGAGUUCCCUGUACAGCUGCCGGUGUAAAAGGGGCAUGAAGAAAGAGAAGAACUGCCUGCGCAUUUACUGGGGGAUCUAUCAGACGUUACAAGGUAAUGACUUCUUGGAGGAUUCUCCGUACGAACCCAUGAACAGCCGUCUAUCUGACAUUUUCCGCCUGGCUCCCAUCAUAGAGGGUGGGGAACCUUGGAGCGUCUCGGACACUUCGGCUCCAGGCAGGGGGGGCGCUCAGGGCAGGCAGCCCGCUCUGGGCCGAGGGAGCCCCUCCUCCACGGAACUUCAGGACCCAAGUAGAAACAGGAGAGCUCAUCCCAAUUGGGCCAUACUGGGUGAGCCUGCAGUGGCCAGAGAGAAUAACUGUCUGAAUGCUGCCAAGGCCUGCAACCUCAAUGACACAUGUAAGAAGUACCGCUCAGCCUACAUCAGCCCCUGCACCAGCCGCGUCUCCACCGCUGAAGUCUGCAACAAGAGGAAGUGCCACAAGGCCCUGCGGCAGUUCUUUGACAAGGUUCCUCCGAAGCACAGCUACGGCAUGCUGUACUGCUCGUGCCCGAUUAGCGACCAGACAGCAUGUUCUGAACGCAGGCGUCAGACCAUCGUCCCCGUCUGCUCGUAUGAAGAAAAACAGAAACCCAACUGUCUGGAACUGCAGGCCUCUUGCAAGACCAACUACAUCUGCAGGUCACGACUGGCUGACUUCUUUGUCAACUGCCAGCCGGAGCCUCGCUCGCUGUCGGGCUGCCUGAAGGAGAACUACGCAGACUGCCUCCUCUCGUACUCGGGUCUGAUUGGUACCGUGAUGACUCCCAACUACCUGCGCUUGCCCAAAAUCAGCGUCUCACCCUUCUGCGACUGCAGCAACAGCGGCAACAACAAGGACGAGUGUGACAAGUUCACCGAGUUUUUCACCGAGAACACCUGCCUCCGUAAUGCCGUCCAGGCCUUUGGGAAUGGGACGGAUGUGGGAGUGUGGCAGCCGAUGUCCCCUGUCCAGACCACCACCUCCACCACCACCCCCUACCAGAGGAACCGUGAACGCAACCCCAACACCAUCGACAACACCAUCAACACAAACCCUGGCAUCUACCACUUCUGUGGCAGCCUACAGGACCCCCAGACAGACGGUCAGAGUACGUCCAAUGCCAUCGUGGAGAACUCGGCUGUAUCCACACGGACCGCGGGUCUGGCCUCUCUGUUGCCCCCGCUGCUCUGGCUGUGGUACUGUGGCCUGCUGGCGCUUUCCUCACCCGGCUUCUUGUAGCCUCGCCGCUUCACACCAACAAACUACAACGGACUGACAAACACACAUUUGUAUAAAAGAAAAAGCAAAACAAGAAAUUAUAAUCUUUCUUCUCAGUAAUACCUGUUUUACUCUUAUUUCCCUCUGGAUUCUCGCUCUCUUUUUAAUUCCUACUAUGUUUUUUUUAUGAAUUUUGUUGUUUUUUUGCAUUGCAGCUGUGUGCUAAAAUUGUAGUCUAUAUGUGUUAACUCAGUUUGGCUGUGUGUUCCCUUUGGGUUAGUUGUUAGUUAAGGGAUUUAAGGCUUCCGUGUUGCUCUUUUGGGCAGAAAUGAGAACAUACUCCAGGACUACAUUCCAAUAAACCACAGUUGGUGGCUCCUGGAAAGGUGAACGCAGUGUAAAAUAGCAUUGAUUUUUCAGAGUCGUCCCCCACGUCUGUUUGUGUGUUGAGGCUAUUGGUGGGAUCUUUUGCUCAAAAGUCACAGUCAGUUCAGUAAUGGCUACAUGUUAUCACUUGGGCAGCCUUUUAGGUGUUAUUCAGUCUCCUCUGUGCUUUAUGUAUGUUUUGAUAAUGACUUGAUCUGGUAUUUUACAUUUUUAUGAAAGGUCCACGUGAAUAUUUACCUGACAAAAAAAAUGAAAUGAAUUUCAGGGUAAAUACCAGUAACUGGAAACAUCAGAGCAGUUAGAACAUCUGCGCCCAAACCGUCUUUACUGAACACACGUUGCCGCUGGCAAAAGCACACAGGCAAAGACCCACAAACACACACCGCACACUUUCACACAUUCAGACAAAAACACAGAAACAGAGACACACACUGCGCCCUGCUUUCUACUCCCUUUUUUUUUAAACAGCUGGAUUGAUACUCCGAGAUCACAGGAGUGUAGGUCCCACGCUGCUGUGGAUGGCUGAAUCCACUCCACUCAUCAGUGAUUGUACAUACUUGUAAUUGUUCGAAGUCCGAGCCAUGUUCAGUGUUUCUCUGUGGAAGGUGCCAGAGAAGCUGCUGCAGCUUUACCUGAAUGAUUUCUUUCUUCUUUUAUUUUUGUGUACUUUGAUUCACUGCGUCCACUAAAACGAGCUGUGGAUAACAUAUUGUUGUGGAGUAUAUAUUCAAUGGUAACUCACAGCUCCAUCGCGCCAAAGCUCAAUGCCUCCAUUUGUUUCUGUCAGUUCAGUGUUACGACUUUUUGCUUCAAUUGUAAAACUGUCAACACGUGUUUGGGGAGGGAGUGAUCUCUUGAUAUUGACCUUUUGCUAAGCCCCACUACUCCUUCUUACUCUCAUUGCAACUGUGGAUGUUCCAGGCUUGUUCUAACAUAACUUGUAACCCCAUCAAAUCAUGUAGUUAGCUGUGAUAUGCUCAGGCCCUCAGGCAGUUUGGGACGGACAAUCCGUUCCAGGCCGAACCAGCCGCUGUUCAUAGCAUUUUAUUUGUCAGUUUGUGAUGUCUGUUACUUUAUGGUCCUCAUCCGUGGCAUGGGCUAGCCUGGCCCGCCCAGCCGCAGGUGUCAGAAAGACAUCUUAAAGUAUGUUGUAGGUCUUCAUCUACCGCAAAUAUUGUGUUUGUGUUGAAAUCACAGCCAAAAAACAGCUUUUUCGGCAUGACAAGCCUCUGCUUCUCUAAGUCUUGGGCUGAAUUUCAGUCCCGGUACGUCCCUGGAUAUUCUCCUUGGCUGUUGAAGUAACUCUAUUCUAAUAAUAUUCAGCCAGGUGUGUUAACAUUAGCAGCCAAGAAGUCAUACUGUUUAAUCUAUUCUCAUCACUUUUGCUCUUAUUUCUGUUAUUCUGGAAAGGGGGAAACAAUGCUUGUUGGGUCCACACUAUGGCUCGUUUUAUUUGCCCCAUGAAGCAAUGUUGAUUGGACGACAAAGCUGCUGUGACUAACAGUUGUUCAAUUUCGACUGAGGAACCAUCACUUGGGGGAGGGGUUCAGCAAACAAAAGCGUAGUUUGCAGCAAAUGCGCAGCAUGUGACGUAAAUCGUUCAAGCGUUUUCGUAAAUAUACUCCCGAGAACUGCUGGGAUUAUUUUUUUAAAAGCCACAGCAUCGUCAUCACGUUCAUUUCUCAGAUGUAGACGCGUACAGCUGCUUUUCAGAUGAAGGCCUAUGGUUUUAGAAUUGUCCUCACAGGAAAUACACUUCCUUACAACACACGAUCAAGACGUUUACAUACAUCACUGUGGCAUGUUCAGCAAGUUACUUCAGCCAUUUGCACACUGACGGCAGCAUUUAUGACACGCUGCUUGGGGUCAUGUAGCUUCUCAAAAACAUGAUUAAUGUGUAGUAGAACUGAAAUGUUAUUUACCGAGCAUAAACAUGGUAUAUGCACUGUAUGUACUUGGCUGAAACUAUAAAUUGGACAAAUAAAUGUCUGAUGAUAUUCUACUCCGGAGCAUUGUGAGCUAUUUUGACUUUCAGAUACGACAUAGAGUACAUUGAAUAAACCAGAACAUUGUUUGUUUUUUUAUGUGUAUAUUUCUUCCAGUAUGUACAUGAUUAUGGAAUAUUAUUGCAUCUGAGAAAGAGGAUAUCAAUGUAACUCUCCUACUGUAGUUAUAUACAACUUUGUUUCCCAAGCAUAUUGUUUUGUACCAUAGCCCCAUUUAUAAUGUUGCUUAAAUAUAGUAUUGAGUUGUGUUUUUUGGCUAAGAUUUGAACUUAUUUUUCUAUCUUUUACUAAUUUCUGCUGUUUUGAAGAGUUGAAGUUGACGAGGUGGACCGGGCACAGAGAGCUCAUACUUAAACCGUUCAACUUUUGAAGACUUUUCAGUGCCGUUACCGUGAUUCAUUACGGUGACAAUAACUACAGGUUGAGCAAGAAAGAAGACUGUCAAUGCAUGGUGAUUGAGAAGGAAAUAAAUCAAUGUUAAAGACAAAUAUAUUCUAUACCGUACCAUUGAAGGCUUAUUUUUUAUGGUGUAUUUGACCAGAGGUGGCAACAGUGAGCAAACAUUUCCACGAAUUGAAUGUGUGAAGUUUGGAAGGAAAGUUGCUUAUGAGCGGCUUCACGACAAAAACUGGGACUGGUUACAUUUCUCAGAAUUGUGUCUUACUUAUUUGUGUCUGUUCAUGUUUUGAUUUGAAUCCCAGUGUCAUAUCUUCAUUGGAACAGGAAUACGAGACAAAGUAAGGUUUAUAGCGGUGGUUCAGUGCUCCACUGUUGUUUAAAGAGUUCCUCUGAGCACAGAAGGCCUCACGACUUGGGUCAGGUCCUCCUGAUGUAAAGGUCCCAAGAAAAAAAAAGAAAAAAAGUUCAAGAUGUUGAAUAUGUUUGCUGUCCAUCUCCAUCCCAUCUGUUGUUACAAAAUACCAAAAAUGGCUUUUUGGAGAUGCAGACUCCCUCAGCCAUCCGGCAUCAUUAACUUCUUAGCUUGUGAAAAUGUAAAAUCUAUUGUACAAAAAUUAUGAUUAAAAACUGUUAAAUCACCCA